ACACGGGCUACACUGCGUCAACUUGUUGCGACAAUACACGAAACUCGACUAUUACUCCGAGCUAGGGGCUGAUCCAAAGCUCCCUGUUCACCUUGAGCACUGCUUAGACAGGCUUCGCCUUACGAUAUGACAGUUGAGCCUAUCAAAUAUCUUGAGGGCGGUAAGUUGAAGUCACCCACCUGGUCAUCCGUCCAUACAUGCCGCAACUACGGGGCUAUUGUGAAUUGGACAGUGGCAAAGGAUGUGGCGCAUCCCGAACGUAUGUAUAGAAACGCAGAAAGGCUUCGAAAUGAGGGUAUGUAGACCAAGCCCUAAUGAAGAUAUUAG